CGGGCGAACGGCUACGGUUGACACGGCUAGCUUGAAGAUGAAUACAACGGAGUUCCGCAAGCGAGGCAAGGAGAUGAUCGACUAUGUUGCAGACUAUAUUGAGACCAUUGAGCAGAGAUCAGUCUACCCUGAUGUUCAACCUGGGUACCUAAGGUCCCUCAUUCCAGAGGAAGUGCCGGUGGAACCAGAGAUGUAUGAGGACGUUGUGAAGGACAUCGAGAGAGUCAUAAUGCCUGGGGUUACCCACUGGCACAGUCCUUUCUUCUAUGCUUACUUCCCUACUGCAAGCUCUUUCCCAGCCAUGUUGGCUGACAUGUUGUGUGGAGCCAUUGGUUGUAUCGGCUUUUCCUGGGCAGCGAGUCCAGCAUGUACAGAGCUGGAGACAGUGAUGUUGGACUGGCUGGGGAAGAUGAUCAAUCUGCCAGAAAAUUUCUUGGCAGGUACAACCGGAUGUGGCGGAGGGGUCAUUCAGGGCACCGCCAGCGAGGCCACGCUGAUGUCUCUCCUUGCUGCUCGCUCCCGGAUUGUCAGAUGGAUCCAGGCCGACAAUCCAGACCGUACAGAGUCGGAGAUCUUCUCGAAACUGGUGGCGUACUCCUCCGACCAGGCACAUUCCUCCGUGGAGCGGGCUGGCCUCAUCGGUGGGGUGACAAUGAAAAAGGUCCCCACCGAUGAGAAGUUUUCGGUGCAGGGUGAAGCGCUGAAGAAGAUGGUGGAGAGGGACAGGAGGGCAGGCCUUAUUCCUUUCUAUUUCUGUGCCACCCUGGGAACAACAGCAUCAUGUGCGUUUGAUAACAUCAUUGAACUUGGUCCUUUAUGUAACGCGGCGAAGAUGUGGAUGCACAUCGAUGCAGCCUAUGCAGGAAGUGCCUUCAUCUGUCCGGAAUUCAGACCGCUUCUCAACGGCGUGGAGUUUGCAGACUCCUUCAACUUCAAUGCACACAAGUGGCUUUUGGUCAAUUUUGACUGUUCUGUGAUGUGGGUGAAGGAGCGUGCCGAUAUCAUAGGUGCUUUCAAGAUGGAUCCUCUGUAUCUGAAACAUGACCACCAAGAGUCAGGGCUGGUCACCGACUACAGACACUGGCAGAUUCCGCUCGGGAGACGUUUCCGCUCUCUAAAGUUGUGGUUCGUGUUCCGUUUGUACGGACUCCGAGGCCUGCAGGACCACAUCCGCAAGCAGGUGCUGCUUGCCAAGGAGUUUGAGAAGAUGGUUCGAGAUGACCAGCGCUUUGAGAUCUGCGCAGAGGUCAUCCUGGGCCUCGUCUGCUUCAGGCUGAAGGGUUCAAACGAGCUAAACGAGACGCUGCUGAAACGCAUCAAUAGCACUAGGAAGAUACACAUGGUGCCGUGCCAGCUGUCGGGCAAAUUCGUGCUGCGCUUCGCAGUGUGCGCCCGCACCACUGAGUUGCACCACGUCCGCGAGAGCUGGGCCCACAUCACGGACCUGGCCUCGGAGCUGCUACAGGAGCUGCCCCACUGACCAGCACCGUGGCUCUGCAAAGCCCAGCCGAACCAGGCUUGUUUCUCAAGAGCAACUGUCCAUUACUGAUCCGUGGACAAGCUUCAGUUACUUAAUGCAUACGUUUAGAGCAAGUGAUCUGCAAUUGAAUAUUUUAUGUUGCAAUUAGCCAAAUUUUCAAAUCCAGGAUUAUUCUAGUUCAUGCAUAUACAGUAGGUUAGACUAGUCUUGUACUUGCUUUGUUUUUGAGAGGUAUUUAAUUUGCACACGCAAGGCCUUCAAUCCGGUGCUUUGCUCAUAGUCACCACUGUUGCAUGGCGUCGAUGCACAUCCAUCAGAUGGAUGCCUAGCUAUCUCACUGGCCAUUUAGGAAGAUCCUUGGAGACUCAGGGGAACUUCUGCAGUGCAAGUUGCCUGUUCGGUCCAUCAACUAGUCUUGAGGUCGGCGACCUGACAGCAAAGACAGCAUCCCUUCCCCUUACGCUGCUGCUCACACAGCUUUCUCCAGAUCCCCUUGAGGAAAGGACACCGUUGCUAAAAAUAUGAUCCAGACUUGGCAGGAGGGGAGAUAAACAGGAUUUAGCCACUAGCUAGCUUGCUUAGCUGGAUUUAGAGUACUAGGGGUGUGUAGAGGGAGCCUUGAGUCUCCUACGACUGACCCCAAGUGCGUAAAGCCUUUAAGGCCUUUAAUUAGAGGACUGGUACUUAUGCUACAGGCUGCCACUUAAACCUAAGGAUCUUAUGUGCUGAAAGUUGUUUAAACUGGAAAGUGUCCACUGUAAUUUUAAAUAAUUUAGGAAGUGUAGCCUCUCGUGCCUAACGCUUGCAUCGUACGCCUAAAUCUGCUGCGCUUCAGCUGAUCCGAAUUCUUCUCAACCGAAACUUUUUUUUUUUUUUUUGCCUCUCUGCAUCAGAGGCUGCACAGAAGUCCAUAAGUGGAGAUGUAUAUAAAACCACACCCACUAAAGUGGAGAAAUUCAUAUUUUGUAGUUGAGGGAAUGCAGUCUUAUUGCUGGAGAGUUUUAUCCAGAGGUUCACUCUUUGGAGCUGCUAAACCAGCUGUCACUACAUUGUCUAGAAUCACCUGCUGAAUUAGUCCUACAACCUCAGUCUUAAAUAUAUUUUUUGAAUUUGUGGGAUAACUGCUUUAUGGUUGCGGUGAUUAUGCCAUACAUUUCUCUCUAAUCAUCGAUGGAUAUCUGCAAAGAGUGAACACCACCUCAUCUGGAUGGUGAACACUACUAGAACACCUGGCCAGCUGUUCUGUCCUUGGGCAUCACACUUGUAAACUGUGCCUUUUCUUUUUAGGAAUGGUGUGAGGACACAUCAGCUCACAUCUCAUUUUUCCAGUCACUGUUUACCAAAUCACUACAGCCCGUAAACCGAUAAAAGAUCAACAAGGUCGACGCGAUCUUGUCAACCUGCUCAACCAUGCUUCAGAAUGGCCCUGAAUAGCACUAAACCAAAACUGUUCUGUUCAUUUUCAUACAGAUAAGUGCGAGCUUUCGUUUUUUGCUUGAUUUGCCUAGCUGCCAUCUAUAACUGUGGGUAACUGUUGUAUUCAAUGUAUAAAUGUCCUCCCAGUUUUUGAUCUCUGCAACCUCUGUGUGGCGUGGUUUGAACGCUGUGAAGCCUUUAGACUUCAGUUAGACGGAUAGCU